ACAUCCCAUGCUCGGAGUUCACAGACGCGCCUUCCUUCCUCUGUUGUGGAUGUACUCUGGGAUGAACUGAAAGUGUAUUUUUUAACUUACGGAGAGGAAGACACUAUAUCGGAUCUAUGAAAAAACCCACGUGGAUUUGUACAAUCAUUUUAAACCAGAAGGAAUGCAUAUUUUGUUUGUGAAACUAACUUUCUUGUUGUCGCUGAUAGCCCUAACACGAGGUCUAAGAUGCUCCAUGCCCACGGAGUCGUGUUCGAGCCAGGGGAGGUGUGAAACUACUCCAGAGGGUAUUGGAGAGUGCAAGUGCCGAGAUGGAUACGUAGGAAGCAGGUGCCAGUUUCCUGACCCGUGUACCUCCUCACCAUGCAUGAACGGUGGCGCGUGUCGAGCCGUGACAAAGGGGAACACGGUGGAUUUCAACUGCACCUGCAAACUUGGCUUCAACGGCCACCGUUGUGUGACGCCCAUCGACAACGUCUGUAUCAGCUCGCCCUGUCGUAACGGAGGCACCUGUGAGCUGGAGAGUCUCACGACGUACAAGUGUCGCUGCCCACCUGGAUGGUCAGGUAAACUGUGCCAACAAGCCGACCCCUGUGCCUCAAACCCAUGUGCCAACGGCGGCCAGUGCUCCGCCAUCGAGUCACACUACGUCUGUACCUGCACGGCAUUCUUUACCGGACAAACCUGCAAGCAGGACAUCAACGAGUGCGAUGUGAACCCUUCGCCCUGCAAGAACAGUGGUGUGUGCAUCAACGAUGUUGGCGGCUAUCGGUGCCAAUGCCCACAGGAGUAUACGGGAAAGCACUGCGAGAGCCGCUACUUUCCCUGCAACCCCUCGCCUUGUCAUAGUGGAGGCACCUGCAUCCAAAAGGGAGAGACCAGCUAUGAAUGCUCCUGUGUACCAGGUUUUACAGGGAAAAACUGCAAUCACAACAUCGAUGACUGUCCAGGUCAUGAGUGCAGGAAUGGAGGGACAUGUGUGGAUGGUGUCCACACGUACAACUGCCAGUGUAGACCAGAAUUUACAGGUCAGCUCUGCACAGAGGAUGUUGAUGAGUGCCAGCUGAUGCCCAACGCCUGCCAAAACGGUGGCACGUGCCACAACACUUACAGCAGCUACCAGUGUGUAUGUGUCAACGGCUGGACAGGAGACGACUGCAGUGAGAACAUAGAUGACUGUGCGAGUGCUGCAUGCCACCACGGCUCCACCUGCCAUGACCGCGUUGCUUCUUUCUACUGUGAAUGCCCCAAAGGACGCACAGGACUGCUGUGCCAGCUGGAUGACGCCUGCAUCAGCAACCCUUGUCAGAAAGGCUCCAACUGUGACACCAACCCUGUCAGUGGAAAUCACUUCUGUACCUGCCCGUCAGGAUACUUCGGAGCGUCCUGUGAUCAAGAUGUGGACGAGUGCGCACUGGGUUCCAACCCCUGUGAGCACGCAGGCAAGUGUAUAAACACCAAGGGUUCGUUCCAGUGUAAGUGCCAGCGGGGUUACGUGGGGCCGCGCUGUGAGCUGGACAUUAACGAGUGCAUGUCCAACCCGUGUCAGAAUGAAGCCACCUGUCUGGACCAAAUCGGAGACUUCCACUGCAUCUGCAUGCCAGGUUACGAGGGGGAGUACUGCGAGAUCGAUACAGACGAGUGCGCCAACAGCCCCUGCCUGAACAGCGGCAAGUGUAUCGACAAGAUCAACGCCUUCCACUGCCAGUGCCCCACAGGCUUCACUGGGAACCUUUGCCAGAUAGACAUCGAUGAGUGUGCCAGCACGCCGUGCAAAAACGGUGCCAAGUGCACAGACGGACCCAACAAGUACACCUGCGAGUGCACCGAAGGUUAUUCUGGAAGGCACUGUGAGACAGACAUCAACGAGUGCUACUCAGACCCAUGCCAUUACGGCAAAUGCAUCGAUGGCCUGGCCUCCUUCAGCUGCCAGUGCCACCCUGGAUACACCGGACGACUGUGUGAGAUCAACAUCAACGAGUGUCUGAGCCAGCCGUGCAGGAACGGAGGCACCUGCCAGGACCGCGAGAACGCCUACAUCUGCAGCUGUCCAAAGGGAACCACAGGAAUUAACUGCGAAAUCAACAUUGACGACUGUAAGAGCAAUCCCUGCGACUAUGGCACCUGCAUUGACAAGAUCAAUGGCUACGAGUGUGCUUGUGAACCCGGUUACACAGGGACCAUGUGUAACAUCAACAUUGACGAGUGUGCCAUCAACCCCUGCCACAACGGCGGCACCUGUAUCGACGGCAUCAACAGCUUCACCUGUGUGUGUCCAGAGGGUUACCAUGACACCACCUGCUUCUCCCAGGUCAACGAGUGCCUCAGCAAUCCCUGCAUCCACGGUCACUGUGAAGACAAGGUCAACGGCUAUAAAUGCCUUUGUGAUUCUGGCUGGAGCGGCAAGAACUGUGACAUCAACAACAAUGAGUGUGAAUCCAAUCCCUGUAUGAAUGGAGGCACCUGCAAGGACAUGACCAGCGGAUAUGUUUGCACUUGCCGCAUGGGCUUCACCGGUCCAAACUGCCAGACCAACAUCAACGAAUGUGCCUCCAACCCCUGCCUUAACCAGGGGAUGUGCAUCGACGACGUCGCAGGCUACAAGUGCAUCUGCAUCCUGCCUUACACUGGGGAGAACUGUGAGAACUUGAUGGCACCGUGCAGCUCCAAACCGUGUAAACAUGAAGGAGUGUGCCAGGAGUCAGAGGACUUCCAGAGUUUCUCUUGCGUCUGUCCUGAAGGAUGGCAAGGACAAAAAUGUGAGGUUGACAUCAAAGAGUGUGUGAAGAAUCCCUGUCGCAAUGGAGCAACCUGUCAGAACACUUUGGGCAGUUAUCGCUGCGGCUGCAAACCAGGCUACACUGGACGCAACUGUGAAACCAACAUCGAUGACUGCAGACCCAACCCCUGCAGCAACGGAGGCCUUUGUCAGGACGAGGUGAACGGCUUCCUGUGCACCUGCCUGCCGGGCUUUCGGGGCACAAAGUGUGAGGAGGACAUCAACGAGUGUGACAGCAACCCGUGUAAGAACGGAGCCAACUGCACCGACUGUGUCAACAGCUACACCUGCACAUGUCCAACUGGCUUCAGUGGGAUUCACUGUGAAAAUAACACUCCCGACUGCACCGAGAGCUCCUGCUUCAAUGGAGGCAGCUGUGUGGACGGCAUCAACACCUUUACAUGUUUGUGCCCGCCUGGCUUCACCGGGAGCUACUGCCAGCAUGACAUCAACGAGUGCGACUCCAAACCCUGUCUGAACGGUGGAACCUGCCAAGACAGCUAUGGCACCUACAAAUGCACCUGCCCACAUGGGUACACCGGACUCAACUGUCAGAACUUGGUUCGGUGGUGCAACUCGUCCCCCUGCAAAAAUGGGGGGAAAUGCUGGCAGAAAGAAACCACCUACAGCUGUCAGUGUGAGACUGGCUGGACAGGACUGUACUGUGAUGUCCCAAGUGUUUCCUGUGAGGUAGCAGCCAAGCAGAGAGGAGUCGAUGUUGCCCAUCUGUGCCGUAACUCUGGUCAGUGUCUGGAUGCAGGAAACGUUCAUUACUGCCACUGCCAGAUUGGAUAUACCGGAAGUUACUGUGAGGAGCAGGUGGACGAAUGUACUCCAAACCCCUGCCAGAAUGGAGCCACCUGUACAGACUUCUUAGGUGGAUACUCCUGCAAGUGCAUGCCAGGAUACGUAGGCACCAACUGUUCUGACGAGAUCAAUGAAUGCUUAUCCCAGCCGUGCCAGAAUGGGGGCACCUGCAUUGACCUGAUCAAUACCUACAAAUGCUCCUGUCCCAGGGGAACCCAAGGUGUGCACUGUGAGAUCAACAUGGACGACUGCACCCCGUUCACCGACCCCGUCACCAACGAGCCAAAGUGCUUCAACAAAGGGAAGUGUGUGGAUCGAGUGGGAGGCUACCACUGCAACUGCCCGGCAGGAUACGUAGGGGAGCGCUGCGAGGGAGACGUCAACGAAUGUCUGUCCAACCCGUGUGACCCACAGGGCACACACAGCUGCAUCCAGCUCACUAACAACUACCGCUGCGAGUGUCGCACCGGCUAUACAGGUCAGCACUGUGACACGGUGUUUGAUGGGUGUAAGGGGAAACCAUGUCGCAAUGGAGGGACCUGUGCAGUCGCCAGUAACACGCAACAUGGCUUCAUCUGCAAAUGUCCUCCUGGUUUUACUGGCUCCACGUGUGAAUAUGACGCCCAGGCCUGCGGCAGCUUCCUUUGCCGCAAUGGAGGCACCUGCAUCUCUGGCCACAAGAACCCCAAAUGUCUGUGUACUCCGUCCUUCACUGGACCCGAGUGCCAGUAUCCCACCGACAGCCCCUGUAACUCCAGCCCCUGCUACAACGGAGGCACAUGUGAAUACACCUCCGAGGCACCACACUACAACUGCGUCUGCCCGCAAAACUUCAGCGGCCUUCGAUGCCACAUUCUGGGUCCCGACAUCCUGCCACCACUAACAGAGGUUGAGGUCUCCUGUGAAAUCCCGCAGUGUGAGGAAGCAAAGCACAACAAGUUCUGCGACGUGCUCUGUAACAACCACGCAUGCGGCUGGGAUAAUGGCGACUGCUCGCUCAACUUCAACGCCCCGUGGAAGAACUGCUCGGACUCGCUGCAGUGCUGGAGAUACUUCAACGAUGGGAAGUGCGAUUCACAGUGCGACAACGCUGGAUGUCUCUACGAUGGCUUUGAUUGCCAGAAUCUGGAAGGACAGUGCAAUCCUCUGUACGAUCAGUACUGCAAGGACCACUACGCUGAUGGCCACUGCGACCAGGGCUGCAACAACGCCGAGUGUGAGUGGGACGGCCUGGACUGUGCCAAUGACAUGCCUGACAAGCUCGCCCUGGGCCAGUUGGUGGUGGUGGUCCACAUCGGCCCCGAGCAUCUCCUCAACAACUCCUUCGGCUUCCUGCGCGAGCUUAGCCGUGUCCUCCGUACCAACGUGAUCUUCAGGAGGGACGCGAAGGGCGAGAUGAUGGUUUACCCAUACUACGGGAACGAACACGAGCUGAAGAAGUAUGUUGCGAAGCGCUCGGUUGAUACGUGGUCAGAAGUUCCCGGAGAGGUGCUGAACGUGGUGAAGAGGAGCCUGUUUAAAGUAACUGACAGGAGCAGGAGGAUGAGGAGGGAGCUGGAUCACCUGCAGAUCAAAGGUUCAGUUGUUCACUUGGAGGUGGACAACCGUCAGUGCUUCCAGCAGUCCACCGAGUGUUUCCAGAGCACCACCAGUGCUGCAGCUUUCCUCGCGGCUUUGGCCAGCAGCGGGAAGCUGGACGUUCCCUACACCAUUGAAGCUGUUUUUAGCGGAGUGGACCCGCAGCCUCCACAGGACCUCUAUCCAAUCUACUUGGUCCUGGGCGGCGUAGGGAUACUGGCCUUCCUCGGAGUCGGGAUGGUGGCUGCCCGAAAGCGCCGCCACGAGAGCGGGCGCCUCUGGCUCCCAGAGGGCUUCAAGACCACAGAGACCAGCAAGAAGAAGAGACGUGAGCCUGUCGGGGAGGAUUCGGUGGGAUUAAAGCCACUGAAAAACAACUCAGACAUUUCACUCAUGGAUGACGCCCAUAAUGAUUGGGAAGAAGAUGAACCUUCAGAUGUGAAACGCUUCAAGCAAUUUGACGAGCAGGCUAUCCUGGAGGUAGACGACCAGACAGACCACCGGCAGUGGACGCAGCAGCACCUGGACGCUGCCGACCUGCGCAUCCCCUCUAUUGCUCCCACACCCCCUCAGGGCGAGAUUGAAAACGACUGCAUGGAUGUCAAUGUCCGGGGACCAGAUGGAUUCACGCCGCUCAUGAUCGCAUCCUGCAGCGGGGGAGGUUUAGAGACCGGCAACAGCGAGGAAGAGGAGGAUGCCUCUGCAAACGUAAUCAACGACUUUAUCUACCAGGGUGCAAACCUUCACAAUCAGACCGACCGCACAGGUGAAACCGCCCUUCACCUGGCUGCCCGCUACGCUCGCUCAGAUGCUGCCAAACGCCUGCUGGAGGCCAGCGCUGAUGCUAACAUUCAGGACAACAUGGGCAGGACACCUCUGCAUGCUGCAGUGGCUGCUGACGCCCAGGGAGUGUUCCAGAUCCUAAUUAGAAACCGUGCCACAGACUUGGAUUCCCGCAUGCAUGAUGGCACUACACCCCUGAUCUUGGCUGCCAGGCUGGCUGUGGAGGGCAUGGUGGAGGAGCUCAUUAACUGUCACGCUGACGUCAAUGCAAUCGAUGAUUUUGGUAAAUCUCCUCUUCACUGGGCUGCAGCUGUUAAUAAUGUGGAGGCUGCUAUCGUGCUUCUCAAAAACAGUGCCAACAAGGACAUGCAGAACAACAAGGAGGAAACCCCUCUUUUCUUGGCUGCCAGGGAAGGAAGCUAUGAGACUGCAAAGGUGUUACUGGACCACUUUGCUAACAGAGAAAUUACAGACCACAUGGACCGGCUACCCAGAGACAUCGCACAGGAAAGAAUGCAUCAUGACAUUGUGCGGCUGAUGGAUGAGUACAACUUGGUGCGGAGUCCUCACAUGCAUGGGGGAUCCCUCAGCACCACAUUAUCCCCUCCUCUCUGUUCCCCUAAUGGCUACCUGAGCAGCAUGAAGCAGCCGCAGCCUCAAGGUCAGGGCAAAAAGGCCCGUAAGCCCAGUGCCAAGGGGAUCGGUUGCAAGGAGGGCAAAGACAUGAAGGUGAAGAAGAAGAAUUCCCAGGAUGGGAAGUCUGGGAACCUCCUUGACAGCUCAGCUGUUCUUUCCCCAGUUGACUCGUUAGAGUCCCCACAUGGAUACAUCUCUGAUGCUGCCUCCCCACCUAUGAUGACCUCACCUUUCCAACAGUCGCCGUCUGUGGCCUUGAACCACCUGCAGGGGAUGUCUGAUCCCCACCAUGGUGUGAACCACAUGGUGAUGCCAAGCAAGCAGGAGCUGGCUCGGAUGCAGUUUGACCCACUGCCUCCUCGUCUCACCCAUCUGCCUGUGUCCGGCCAGGGCGCCAUAAGUAGCCAGUGUGAUUGGCUGUCCAGGAUGCAUGGCAAUAUGAGUCAGCAGGGCCAGUUCAACCCCAUGAGAGGAGCUCCUGGAGGUCAGGGAGGUCUGCACCAGGGAGGGCAACACCCCAUGAUGACCUCUCUCCAUAACGGCCAUCCCUCCACCAGCCUGUCACAGAUGAUGAACUACCAGGGGAUCCAGAGUAGCAGAUUGGCUCCACAGACGCACAUCAUGCAGCAGCAACAGGCACAACAGAUGCAACAAAUCCAGAACCUGCAGCAGCUCCAACAGCAGCAACAACAACAACAGCAGCAGAGCAUCCAGCUGCAACACCAGAACUCAAACGCCAGCAGUCAGAACUUCAUCAGCGGGGAGCUCAGUUCUCCAGAGCUCCAACAGGGCAGCAGCAACUCCAGCAUGCCCAUUCACACCAUCCUGCCGCAGGAAACCCAGAUCAUGAGCCAAUCAAUGCCAAGCACCCAGUUCCUCACCCCGCCCUCCCAGCACAGCUAUUCAGGCCCUAUGGACAACACCCCAAACCACCAGGUCCAGGUGCCCGACCACCCCUUUCUGACCCCCUCCCCCGGCUCACCGGACCAGUGGUCAAGUUCAUCUCCUCAUUCCAACAUGUCUGACUGGUCAGAGGGCAUUUCAAGUCCACCGACGAGCAUGCAGUCGCAAAUCGGACACAUACCUGAACAGUUCAAAUAAAAAAACUUUGUAUCUCUAUGCCCAGAUGAGCUGCUGUAUUUUUUUCUUUUAUAUAAAAGGCACUCUUUGUGAAAAGAUAGAAAAAGGGCAAAGCUGUAAACAUGACUUUUAUACGCUUUUAUACUAACAGCAACAACUGUGUUUCAUCCAUUCUUUUUAUUUAUUAAUGCCUUAUUUAUAUGCAUUGCCUGCUUACAGAAAUUCUGGGGAUCCGUGGUGCUGGGUCAUAUGCAGGACAGAGAAAGUCCUUGGGGAGACUGUUCUUUUUCUUUUAGUAUUUCUUUUCUGCAGUGAAGCAUCAGCAUACACACUGGGUAUUUAUUUUUCUUAAGGACUUUUAGUAUUUGCUUUGUUUCUUAUGGUUUCUCAAUUUUUGUUUAUAUUUUGUUAUUUUUUGUAUAAUCUUGUUUAUAAAGACUCGUGAUUAUGAGGCAUUUCAUUUUAUAGUUUCAGUGUUAUUCCAAUUUGUUGUAAGUGCGGACAUUUUCCAGUAUGCCAAUAAAACAUUUUUUUCGUAACAGAACACAUAAGCUGUGUUAAAUGCACAUGCAGAAGCUGUUUUGGAAAUGUCCCCUUCUUAAAUAUGUGAUCCUUUGUUACACUCGCUAAAAUUGUAUAUAUUUCUUUAAUCAGUGGAACAACAAUAUAGUGUGCCUCAAGAUUUGAUUGUCUUCAUACAUAAAGAUGUGGGGGAGAUGUUGUACAGUAUUUGGCCAUCUUGGAGAUUGGCAGUUAUGGCAGGCUUGAGUUAUCUGUUAGUCCUGUGUCGUUGGAGAACUGGCCUGUUGGCCAAAGUGUAUGCUGGUGUUCAGAGGGAAAAGGAAAACUACAUUUCCCAUCUCCCUCCUAUUAGUUUGAGCCUAUGGCUGUGUUCUUUCUUUUGUAAAUAUGUUGUGCAUUUCCCUUGUAAGCAAGAUUUUGUUUAAGAAAUCUGAUGUCUUAAGCAUGCAAUUUGAAAGGUUUGUGCCAGUCAACAACUUCUAAAAUGUCAAACAGAACAGAAUAUAUAUUUUGUAUUUUGAGGUCCCUAUUGCAUAAAUAAAUCUGAAUUAUAUACAAAUAGAUACAAAAUGUUGUGACAUUUUUCUCAUAAAAAGGGAAAUAACAUAAAUAUUGAGGUUUUAUAAAUUUCUAUUUAUUUAGUGUUCCUUAUCACAUAAAUAUCCCCCGAGGCAACCAUUUGUGCAUGUUAUGAAAUGUUUUGUUAAACUUUGUACAAAUAGAAAAAAGAGUCUGCUAAGUUCUCAGUUGUGUCCAAUUCAUGCUUUGUGACACUCCCUGGUAUAGUUUUUUGAGAGAAAUUUAGGUUUUAGUGAAAUUGUAAAAUCUGCAAUAUGCUCCUUUCCUCUUAUAAAGUUAUAAUUUGCAAGUAAUGUAUUUCCCUUUUUCAUUCUUAAUCCGUAAAAAUGUUUCUUGUUAUAAUAAAGAGCACUUGUGUGUCUUGAACCUUU